AGCGCGUUCCUCCCGCCCCGCGCUCUCUAGCGACCGGAGCCCCGCCCCAGCGUGCGGCCGUUGGGGUGCGGCGCGCAGGCGGUUCCCUCUUUCUCAGGGACGCGCGCGGGGCUCGGCCUAUAGUUGGGACGAUGUCGCGCUACGGGCGUUAUGAGACCAAGGUGUACGUGGGGAACCUGGGCACGGGCGCGGGCAAAGGCGAGCUGGAGAGAGCCUUCAGCUACUAUGGGCCGCUGAGAACCGUGUGGAUCGCCAGGAACCCGCCGGGGUUCGCCUUCGUGGAGUUCGAAGACCCGAGGGAUGCUGAAGAUGCUGUGCUUGGCCUCGAUGGGAAGAUUAUCUGUGGCUCCAGAGUUCGAGUGGAAGUGUCGACGGGCAUGCCCCGUCGCUCCCGUUACGACAGGCCUCCUGCGCGGCGCCCCUUCGACCCCAACGACAGAUGCUAUGAGUGUGGUGAGAAAGGCCACUAUGCCUACGACUGCCAUCGCUACAGCCGCCGGAGGAGGAGCAGGUCCCGGUCUCGAUCCCGCUCCAGGUCCCGAGGAAGAAGGUAUUCUCGCUCACGCAGUCGAAGCCGUGGUAGGAGGUCAAGGUCAGCUUCCUACCGCAGGUCCAGGUCAAUCUCUCCUCGUAGGUAUAGAUCAUUUUCACCUCGCAGAUCACGGUCUGGCUCUUUAAGGAGAUCAAGAUCUAGGUCCAGAUCACGCUCAAGGUCUCGGUCUGUUGUAUGGCCUCGAAGCAGGUCUGGGUCCCAUGGUAGAUCUAAAUCUGGCUUACCUGCUAAAAGUCGCUCAAAGUCCAGAUCACCAUCUCCAAAGAGAAGUCACUCACCAUCAGGAAGCCCUUGAAGGAGGAAUGCAUGUCCUGAAAAAGUGGAUUCCAGUUAAAAGGUUAAAGUUUAAGAAGAAGAUUUAUUUUGUUUACAUUAUUAUAAGGGAUUUUGUGGUGUCUUUAUAAACGCAAGGGCUUAGUCCUAGAAGGUUGUUUCUAUUGCCUAACAGCAGGCAUGAAUUUGGAUCUUUUAAAAGUAGACUAAUGCAAAACUCCUUUGUUGUGUUAAUGUUCAGUGAUCUGGAAAUAUAGGGCUUUUUGUAUUUGGUGCAUUGGAAUAAACAGUGCAUUUCUAACUAAGA